UUUGUUUUUUGAGGAAUAACCACAAAGUAAGAAGCGAGGUUUUUCUAAUUUGAUUAAUGGUAUUUUUUGAUUCUGUUGUGGGCACUGUGACAGCAGUGUUUGAACCUCCAGUCUGCUCGAACGGAAGUAACUUUUCUCUCAGCAAUGAACCUCAGGUGGCGACAGACAAGGUUGCUGGAAAGCUGAGUUCUACUCUCUCAUGGGUGAAGAACUCCGUGUCCCACACGGUCAGUCAGAUGGCUAGCCAGGUGGCCACGCCCACGUCCCUGCAGACCACUACCACCUCCUCUUCUACGUCUCUGUCCUCGCCUGCCCUCUCCCCAUCCUCGCCAGCGCAGCUCAGUCCAGACGAUGUGGAGCUGCUUGCCAAGCUGGAGGAGCAGAACAGGCUGCUGGAGACAGACAGCAAGUCGCUGCGCUCCAUGAAUGGCUCCAGACGAAACAGUGGCUCCUCCCUGGUGUCCAGCUCCUCUGCCUCCUCCAACCUCUCCCACCUCGAGGAGGACUCGUGGAUCCUGUGGGGACGAAUCGUCAAUGAGUGGGAGGAUGUACGCAAGAAGAAGGAGAAGCAGCUCAAGGAUCUUGUCAGAAAAGGGAUUCCUCACCACUUUCGGGCAAUCGUGUGGCAGCUGUUGUGUAAUGCCCAGAAUAUGCCCAUCAAGGAUCAGUACUCGGAACUCCUGAAGAUGACGUCGCCCUGCGAGAAGCUGAUACGCAGAGACAUCGCCCGCACUUAUCCCGAACACGAAUUCUUCAAGGAGAAAGACAGCUUGGGCCAGGAAGUGCUCUUCAAUGUCAUGAAGGCAUACUCUCUGGUUGACCGGGAGGUUGGCUAUUGUCAAGGGAGUGCGUUCAUUGUUGGACUGCUCCUCAUGCAGAUGCCAGAAGAGGAGGCUUUCUGUGUGUUUGUGAAGUUGAUGCAAGACUACAGAUUACGAGAGCUCUUCAAACCCAGUAUGGCUGAGCUGGGACUCUGCAUGUACCAGUUUGAGUCCAUGAUCCAGGAGCACCUCCCAGAGCUGCACAUGCAUUUCCAGGCUCAGAGCUUUCACACUUCCAUGUAUGCCUCCUCCUGGUUCCUCACCAUCUUCCUCACCUCCUUCCCUCUGCCCGUCGCCACGAGGAUCUUUGACAUCUUCAUGUGUGAGGGUCUGGAGAUAGUUUUCCGUGUGGGACUGGCCAUCCUUCAGAUGAACCAGACCGAACUCAUCCAGCUUGACAUGGAGGGAAUGUUACAGCACUUUCAGAAGGUCAUCCCACACCAGCUCGACAGUGGACCAGAUAAGGUCAUCCAAGCUGCUUAUCAAGUUAAAUACAACGCCAAGAAGAUGAAAAAGUUAGAAAAAGAUUACACUACAAUCAAAACUAAAGAGAUGGAGGAGCAGGUGGAAAUAAAGCGGCUGCGCACAGAGAACAGGCUCCUGAAGCAGAGGAUAGACACACUAGAGAAAGAAAGUGCUUCCUUGGCAGAUAGAUUGAUCCAGGGACAAGUCACUCGAGCUCAGGAGGCAGAGGAGAACUACCUGGUCAAGCGGGAGCUGGCCACAGUCAAACAGCAGAGCGAGGAGGCCAGUGCUCAGCUGGAGCAGGCCAAGACAACCAUCAGGCAGCUCCAGCAGCAGCAGCAGCCGCAUGCGAAGGGAGCCCCUCGGUACUCUGAGGAGUCCGUCCUGCAGCUGGAGAGAGAGCUCGUGCAGGCCAGGCUGAAGGAGGCGGAGUCUCAGUGUGCUCUCAAGGAGAUGCAAGACAAGAUCCUGGAUAUGGAAAAGAGGAACACAUCGCUGCCAGAUGACACCAACGUGGCACGUCUUCAAGAGGAGCUGAUAGGGGUGAAGCUGAGAGAGGCGGAGGCUCUGACCGGCCUGAAAGAGUUGAGACAGCAGGUCAGAGACCUGGAGGAGCACUGGCAGCGUCACUUGGCACGCACCGCUGGUCGCUGGAAGGACAGCCCCAGGAAAAACACUGUGAGCGAGCUGCAGGACGAGCUGAUGAGCGUGAGGCUGCGUGAGGCCGAGGCACAGGCAGAGCUGCGAGAGACACGGCAGAGGAUGCUGGAGCUGGAGACACAGAAUCAGAUUCACAGUAACCAGCUGCGACGGGCAGAACAGGAGAGUCGCUGUCUUCAGGAGUGCGUGCAAACACUGACGCUGCAAAAUAAAGACCUGCAUGUGCAACUGCAAGAGAUCAAGCGGAGACAAGCUGAGAUUGAAUGCAAGAGUAAAGAAGAGGUGAUGGCAGUGAGGCUGCGGGAGGCCGACAACAUUGCUGCGAUGGCUGAACUCCAGCAGCAGAUCUCAGAGCUUGAGAUUCAGAAAGAAGAAGGAAAGGUCCAGGGCCAGCUGAACCACACAGACUCAAGCCAGUACAUCAGCGACCUCAAAGACCAGAUAAAGGAACUCAAACAGGAGAUUUGCUGCUUAAAAGCACAGAGGGGCUUGGCCAAUCAGCCCGCUUUUGAUGGGAUCCACAUCGUCAAUCACUAUGCGGGGGAUGAUGGGUCUUACCAGUCUUCAGACGAGGAUGGAGUCAAGGUCCCGAACCUCCAGGACACCCAGCAGAGGAGCGGUGGCCGUAUCAGACUGCGCCCCAACCUCGGGGACACCGACAGUGAGGAGGAGGAGGAGGAGGAUGAGGAGGCCCUGCGACUCUCCGUACCUCAGAGCGGCAGUCAAAAGUCCACCACGGUGUGACGAGGACAGAGGCUGGCAGCACUCGCUGAGGAAGAGGAGGUGUUUCUUGCAGCCAUUUCAGGGGAGACGUCUGAAUCUGGAGUUUCAGAAAGGAAACGCGUCAUCAUUUCAUAUCAUGAGAAUCAUACUUACGGAUUUAGUUUAUUUUGUUUACCUCCCUUUUUGUAGUUUUCUUCCUGAAGGCAGCAAACAGCAUGGACAGAGGCAGACCAUCAACAUGGACAUCAGCGGAGAAUGGAGCGUAUCAAACUCUACUGGGCCGCAGUGGGGAGGGUGAAAACAGUUGACCCCCUCCUGUAGGUACAACACAGAGAAAGAGACUGUGCAAUAAAACCUUUUAUGCUAUAUCACACACUUCAUCCAAUGUGUUUUUAUACUUUUAAACCAUUUUAUAAUGAACAUCAAACAUGUAUUGAUGCCGUUACUACUAAGUGUCCAUCGUGCAGAGGCAGAACUGUACAAGUGCUGUGUGUGUGUAUAUAUAUCUAUUGUCUUGAUGAGCUCAUCAGCAGCCUGUGUGGUGUCAGCCAGCGCUGGCUUGUUGACCUUUUGGCCUUAGCACAUGCCGCAUGCCUUUCACCAGGGCUGGUGUACCACAAGGUCAGUGUGACAUCUGCAUACUUGUAGAUAUGUAAAUGUGUAUUAUGUCAAUUCCUUUUGAACUUGAAAAUAUGUAUCUAUUGCAUAUCUGAUGUUUAGAAUAUAUUGUAAAAUUGAGAAAAAAAAGGGACAUAUAAGUUAGUUUAAUACAGAAACUCAUAUGACAAAUCCUGUUUCUGAGAUGUCUGAGGUGACUUCCUGUAAAGAGAAUGAGAAUAGCUGCUCAUUGGAAGAUGUCAUCUUGCUGUUUUCAGAGCAGUACGUUAAAAUCAGUACAGUUUUUUUAACUAUUGUACUGACUUCUCUGAAAGCAUCCCGGCUUAGCUUUCAAAAUGAGCCCCGCAGUAAGUCGAACCAGCACAGAGUCGAUUUGCUGAUGAGUCAAACGUGAGCAAUGUUUAUCGGAAGUUUUGUGUAUCACAAAUUUGCACGGAAAUGGUCCUGUGGAAACAUAACUGGGAGAUAAAGCCGAGACAACAUAGUACACUUUACAACACACUCUGUGGAGGAAUCUGUGGAGGAAUCGGGAGUUGUCAAGUGUUACCAAAGUAAGCACUAUAUUCUGUAUUGUGCUCAUCCACAGGCCAGUUCCACUCCAUUUCAUGCGCGAGGACCUGGAUGUGUAAGACUUUGAAUUUCUCUAAUAUCUGUAUUGAACACUAACUCCUGUAUUCAGCGGAAGACGAGGUGGAAGUGAACGCAUCGGUCGCAUCCAGGAAACGGAAAAGAUUGUGACUUUGAGUCGGUGAUAAUGUCCCUUUGAUGAAACAAGUGUUGUUUGAUGGGAGAGGAACACGUUAUGGCACUUUUGGAGUCUGCAGUGCAGUAAGGACACACAUGGCAACACUAUGGAGCAGUCAGCACACUCUGGAGACUAAAUGAGAUUGUUGUGUGUGUGAUGAGUUCACAAUAAAACGUUUGAUAAACUCCUUACUUAAA